AUGGCUGCACGCAUGCCGUUCACUUCGAGCUCCCAUCUCCAGCAAGACACGCUGCGCGACUCUAGACGAUGCUGCGCUGGACGGACCCCCUACGCUCGACAUGUCGUCGCCGCGAAAGCGAGAGCCGGGUGGGUCGUCGACAAGGAAGUCGUUUUCAAGUUCUUGCCGCCAGGUCGUCGGAGACCAAAAACGCACAACCUGCCCACGGUCGACCAGGUCUCGAUUAGCUGUGCUCGCGGCGAGGACGAGCAAUUGCAAAGCAGGCAGGACCUGAUCGUUCAAGUGCGCCCCCAAGACGCUGCCGAUCGUGAGCUAGCUAUCGUAGUGGUAUCGUCGUGUAUCCGACAAGCACCAAUCCGUGCUUCUGCUGCGCUGCUCGGCGCUGCUCGCUGCUGUUUCCUUCUCGCGGCGACGGUCUUGGCGCUUUCCAUACCUUUGGCCGACUUUGACCUGCAGCGACGGCGAUCGAGCCGUACACGAUGGUCGACCGCGAUGGUGAAGAGUGAUCCGACGACGGGAGGCAAGAUAAGGCCGGACCCGGUGGGUGAGAACGCCGAGGAGGAAGCACAAGAAGAGAUGGAAGGGGAGGAGGAAAAUCGAGAUGAAGAGGCGGGAGAGGACGAAAAAGGGAAAAGGCAAAGAAGGUCGGUGCCCGUGCUUACUGGCCUCCACGUGCCUUGA